GAGUUCGUAUCUAAUUGAAUGAUACAACCUGCCGAUACCAAUGAGGCAGGAAAUCAGUAUGUUGUUCAUCACGGUUGGGAGAUAUGGGUCUGUUUGGAGUGGUUGAUAGCCAUUGUAAAAGACUGGUCACCUGAUAAGGUAUGGAGAACAGUCCCACAGACACUGAAGAGGUCAAAGUAGUUACCACAGGCACGCUGACAGAAGACAAAGCCUCACCACCACCUCCAGACAGCACUACUCCCCCUGACCCCAGCACACAGGGUAUAGGUGGCUAUCAGCGCCAUGGUAACGAAGACGAUGCAGAGUCCGGGGCCACGGAGCUGGCGGACCAGCAGAGAGAGCAGAGAACCAUCCUGAUCAACAGACCGCAGAUCAACAAGUUCUGCUCCAACAAAAUCAGUACUGCAAAGUACAACUUCUUCACCUUCCUGCCCAAGUUCUUGUUUGAGCAGUUCAGAAGAUAUGCCAACGCUUUCUUCUUGUUCAUCGCCCUCUUGCAGCAAAUCCCAGACGUGUCGCCCACGGGACGUUACACCACAGCUGUACCCCUGCUCUUCAUCCUGCUGGUGGCAGCCAUCAAGGAGAUCGUAGAAGAUUAUAAAAGACACAGAGCAGAUGACUUAGUGAAUAGACGAGAAGUUUUAGUUUUACGAAAUGGACAAUGGGUAUCCCUGUAUUGGACCCAGGUUGAGGUUGGAGAUAUUGUCAAGGUCACCAACGGACACUUCUUCCCCGCUGACCUCAUCAUCAUGGCAUCAAGUGAACCUCAGGGCAUGUGCUACGUAGAAACCAGCAACCUAGAUGGAGAAACCAACCUCAAGAUCAAACAGGCUCUAGCCCAGACUGCCACCAUUCUGACCAUUGAGGAGCUGUCCAAGCUGGAAGGGAAAGUGGACCUGGAGGGGCCCAACAAACACCUGUACGAGUUUGUCGGCAACGUCAGACUCCGAGGAAAGAUGGCCAUUCCACUGAACCAAGACCAGCUACUCCUGAGGGGUGCCCAGCUUAGGAACACACAGUGGGUCUUUGGUAUAGUGAUGUACACUGGACAUGAGACCAAGCUGAUGCAGAACACCACCAGCGCACCAAUCAAGAUGUCCAACCUGGACAGGACGACAAACAUGCAGAUCCUCCUACUCUUUCUGCUCCUUAUUGCCCUGUCCUUGGUUAGUGCUGUCGCCUCCGAGAUCUGGACCAAUCGGAGGGGAGCAAAGGACUGGUACAUCGGCUACAACCUGAUGGGACCGAACAACUUUGGCUACACGUUCCUGACCUUCAUCAUCCUGUACAACAACCUGAUCCCCAUCAGUCUGCAGGUCACUCUCGAGCUGGUCAAGUUCAUCCAAGCCAUCUUCAUCAACAUGGACAUUGAGAUGUACCACGAGGCCUCAGACACCCCGGCCAUGGCGAGAACCUCCAAUCUCAAUGAAGAGCUGGGACAAGUGAAGUACAUCUUCUCAGACAAGACCGGCACUCUGACCAGGAAUGAGAUGGAGUUCAGAAAAGCCUCAGUGGCAGGGAUUAUCUAUGGUGACAAUCCUGACAGUGAGGAUGGAAGGUUCAAUGACCCCCGCUUGGUGGAAAACCUGCAUGCAGGACAUGAGACUGCUCCAACCAUCUACGAGUUCCUGACGACCAUGGCGCUGUGUCACACCGUCAUCCCGGAACAGGUCCCGGACGACCCCAACGUCGUAGCCUACCAGGCUGCUUCUCCGGAUGAAGGGGCCCUGGUGCGAGCAGCAAAGAAGCUUGGGUUUGAGUUCAACAUCCGAACUCCUGAACAUGUUAUCAUUGAAGCUAUGGGAACAACAGAAAAGUAUGAAGUCCUGAAUGUCUUGGAGUUCACAAGUGAGAGAAAGAGAAUGUCAGUUAUCGUCCGUGAUCCCAAGAAGAAGAUCAAGCUGUACUGUAAGGGAGCUGACACUGUGAUCUAUGAGCGUCUGGCUCCAAACCAGAAGUAUGCCGAUGUCACCUUGAAACAUCUGGAGCAGUUUGCAACUGAUGGUCUGCGAACACUAUGCCUGUCAGUGACAGAGAUCUCAGAAGCUGACUACAAUGCCUGGAAUCAGAAGUUCUACAAGGCUGCUACAGCCCUGGUGGACAGAGAAAGGAAAGUAGAGCAGAUAGCUGAGCUGAUUGAGAAGAACUUGAAUCUCCUAGGAGCUACUGCAAUUGAAGACAAACUACAAGAGGGAGUGCCUGACAGCAUCGCAGCCCUGAGAAAAGCUGAGAUCAAGGUGUGGGUUCUGACUGGUGACAAACAGGAGACGGCCAUCAACAUCGGCUACUCCUGCAGGCUGCUCACCGCUGACAUGUCCCUGCUCAUCAUCAACGAGGACAAUCUUGAUGCUACCAGAGAAGUCCUGAGAAAACACAGAGAGUCGUUUGGGAGCACCAUUAGAAAGGAACAGAACGUUGGACUUAUCAUUGAUGGGAAGACCCUGAAGUAUGCCCUGUCCUACGAUGUUGCCCAUGACUUCAUGGACAUCGCUCUGUCCUGUAAGGUGGCCAUCUGCUGCAGAGUGUCGCCCCUGCAGAAGUCAGAGCUAGUGGACCUUGUGAAGAGAAAGGUCCAGGGUGCCAUCACACUAGCUAUAGGGGAUGGGGCCAACGAUGUUGGAAUGAUACAGGCGGCACAUGUCGGAGUGGGGAUCAGCGGGAAGGAGGGUCUACAGGCAGCCAACGCUUCAGACUACUCCAUAGCACAGUUUGCAUACCUGAAUCGGCUGUUAUUCGUGCACGGAGCCUGGAACUACAUGCGCCUGUCCAAACUCAUCAUCUACUCCUUCUACAAGAACCUCUGCCUCUAUUUCAUCGAGUUCUGGUUUGCAUGGGUGAACGGGUUCUCAGGACAGAUCCUGUUUGACAGGUGGACCAUUGCCUUGUACAAUGUGUCCUUCACUGCCCUCCCUCCCUUCUCCCUGGGACUGUUUGAGCGAACCUGUAAGGCCAACAACAUGUUACGCUUCCCGCUCCUGUAUAAACCCUCUCAGGAUGGAGACUACUUCAAUGCCAAGGUGUUCUGGCAGGCCAUGGGUAAUGCCAUCUUCCACUCCUUCCUCCUGUACUGGUUCCCUGUCUGGGCCAUGCAGCAAGAUGUGGGCAUCAGUGAUGGGAAGGCUGGAGACUUGCUGGUAGUAGGGAACAUGGUCUACACUUACGUGGUCGUAACUGUUUGCCUGAAAGCAGCUCUAAUGUCAGACUCAUGGACAAGGCUGAGCCACAUCUCCAUCUGGGGCAGUAUUAUCGCCUGGUUCCUCUGCUUCAUGAUCUACUCCAACUUCUGGCCAGUCAUCCCCCUCGGACCCGACAUGUUAGGACAGGAACGUUAUGUGUUGGGCAGUGGAGUGUUCUGGAUGGGACUGUUCCUCAUCCCCACCACAUGUCUCAUCAGAGAUGUCGCUUGGAAAGCCCUUGAACGGACCUGCUUCAAGACGCUGUUGAUGAAGGUGCAAGAGUUGGAGAAGGCCCGUCUCGACCCCGAGUCUGUCAUCCUUGAAGCUCAGAAGAAAACGGCACAGCUGAUUGGGGAGCGGGACGGCCUGCUGGAGCACGCACCACCUGCAGCAGCCGCUCGACCGGGUGAACCAGGCACAGAACAACACGGCUAUGCCUUCUCACAAGAAGAGCAUGGUAUUGUGCCUCAGUCUGAACUUGUGCGAGCUUAUGACUCCACGAAGACCAAGCCAGAGGGACUAUAGUGACAACAAAAAUCCUAGGAGAAACGAGAGGAAACAAAUAUUAUAUUCUACCACUAGUUCAUGUGGAGCUUACAAAUUAGCUAUAUUGUAGUGGAGUGUAGUUGAGUAGUGGUUAUAACUUAUUGAGUGUUGUGGAGCUGUUGUAUGUAUAUAUUUGAGGUAUUUACUGUCAAACUGUGUACUUAAACUCUGUUUGAAAUGACGCACAUUGGCUAAAUCCUUCUUGAUGUAGUUCUAUACAUGUAGAUUUGAAAUUACUAGCAGUUCCUGUGAAAUGUUGAUUGAGGCAAGAGCUAGCUGACACCAUGCUUGUUGGAAAAAAAUUUCUCAAAUGUGCUGUAAAACACUGCAGAGCUUGUCACGCACCAUGGACAGAAAAUUAAAAUAAAAUGGAGCACUUUUGAACAGAGUUACUAAUACCCAUGGAAGUUAUAUAGAUAUCUGAAGAUAGAAAAAAUCUGCGCGUACAAAAUGUAGAAGGCCCUAGACAAAAUGCUAAGAGGACAGAAGGCAUUACUAGCUUAGUGUCAGAUGCUGUUUCACUAUUCAUACUAUUAGUUGUAGUUCCCUAACAUCAAAUCUUUUGCUGCACAGCUUUAUAUGAAUAUUUGGGACUUGGCAUUGGCAGUAAUCCUGCUGUAUCCCGUAUAUGUGAAUUAUGUGCAAUACAUUGUAAGGAACAACUGGUAGGCGUGUAGUUGGGAUGUUGUAGCAAAGUGGUAGAAACAAUAGGUGUAUGCAAAGUAUCAACAAAAUAAAGAUUGUCCAGCUUGACUGUUUCCUCUUAAGAGACCACUGUCAUUGAAGGAGUCAUUUAUGGGAUAUUUAUAUCAUGAAUAUUUAAUGUUGCUGCAUUUGUGAAAUUACAUGACAAAAUGAGGCAGUAUUUUGAUGUUUUCUAUACGGUGAUGGUUAUAUAUUAAGUUAUUGUAGCUGCUGGGCUGUGUGUUAACUUUGUAUAUUUUGUACCUUUGUCCCAAAUUCAAUUUAUGCGUAAUGGUUGUUCAACACUGUGUGUUUGGUGCACGAUCAAAGACUUACUAGUAUGUGAUAUAUUGUUAGCGUUUACUAUGUGGUAUGUUAUUGGGUUUAUUGAUUUUAUGUAUUAUUCUCAGGUGUCUUUGUGAGUAAAUUUAUGAGGUAUUGUUCCAUGUGACUGCCGUAAGAAAACAGCAUCACAAAAACAUGAAAAAUAGCAUGCUAUCUAUCAAUUUGAAAGUGAUUAUGAUAAAAAAUUGAAAAGAGUUUAGAGAUAUUAUGCUACAUCAGUUUAUAAUAUAUUCAUAUUCUCAGCAUCUGGCCAAAUGUUUUAAGUAGGCUAAACCAUACAAGAGAGGCAUUAGUAGGUACAAGAAGUGAUGAACAGUGGUUACAGGUUGGAGAAUGAAUUCAUUAUGCUAGGCUAGACCUGUGUGUGGUACUGCAGUUGAUGCCAGUUUUGCAUUUCUAUAUUUUCCAUUGAAUGCAUGGAUUAUCCUCCGAUGUUCGUAUUUGACAACAACUAAAAGAAAUGAAAGAAUGCUUUUAUAUGCAUGUGUCAUAAACGGCUAAAAAAGGGCAUAAAGUAAAUGCAUCAUUUUAAUAGUGCCCUCCCCGUGAAAGAAAUGGUGCUUUUCAUCUGGUAUGCACAGCCAUACCUUUGAAUACAUAUGCACAGUAGCAUUUUAGUGAAGUAGUGAAUGACAACAGGACUUAUAGGUUUAAAAAAUGUGCCCAUUGAAAAACUGGUUAAAACCACAGCAUGAGACAAUCUUCUUCCAUCGAACUUACCCUUACAAACAAAUGACAAAGUUGCUGUAAAAAGAAUUGGACAAAUCUAUAAUCUCGAAUGAAAUCAGUAACAUCGUCUUGUUUGACUAAAGAAAGAUUUGCAUGUACCCAAGAUUAAACAUUGAGCAUGAAGGCAUUUAAAUACAGGUUAGUUUUGAAAGUUUAAAAACAUUUCUGACAUUCCCUUUAGAAUGGCAGGUUGUAACCUGAGUGUGUAAUGUUGAUACAUGUAUUAAGAUGAAUUCAAAAGUUAAAUCUCCAGAGGGAUACUAACGUUACUAGUAAUGGUACUGCUUCAUACCUGUUAUCAUUUGCAAUGCUAUGUGCAAGACUUUAUAUGAGUAACUAGUGAAAGCUGUAGGCAACUAUUAUUGAAGGAUGAAUGUCAAAUGUUUGGUGUAUGAUUUUGGAGCUUUGUCAUAACUGUUAUUCUGUAUGUUUUGAAUAAAGCUAUCGUUUUAUCACAGAA